GUAUCAAUGCUUUUGGAUGUGCCCUUGAAGUUGCUUACAUUAUAUUGUACCUUAUUUAUGCGCCAAAGAAGGAGAAGAUGUUUACAUUGAAGUUAAUCCUUGUCUUCAACAUUGGAGCUUUUGGGUUGAUGAUAUUACUGACAAUGUUACUGAUAAAGGGCUCCCAAAGAGUAAAUACUGUUGGGUGGAUAUGUGCAGCUUUUAGUGUUGCGGUAUUUGCAGCGCCAUUAAGCAUAAUGAUGCGAGUGGUACGAACAAGAAGCGUUGAAUUUAUGCCAUUCCCAUUAUCAUUGUUCCUCACUCUCUCUGCUACAACUUGGUUCUUAUAUGGACUUUUUGUGAAGGAUUUCUUUAUUGCACUACCAAAUGUGCUGGGAUUUCUAUUUGGCAUUGCUCAAAUGGCAUUGUAUAUGAUAUACAAAAAUGCGAAAAAAGAGGAUAAAGGAGCUACAGAGAUCAAAAUGAGUACAACUGAGAAUAUUUGCCAUGAAAAUGAGCAGUGCAAGGAGAUGAAGUCUGCUAUGGUCAUGACUAUGAAGUGUGAACACAUUGAAUCAAAUGAGAGUAAUGUGUGAAUCACUUUUGUGAGCAUGAAAUGCACACAUCUUUAGGUACCUUUGUAGUUUAUAUCUUUUAUAUUUUAUGCCUUUUAAGUGAAUAAAAUGAUACUAUAAUAUUAUCCUUAAA